AUGGAUAAGAGUGAAGAUAUUAUACGAGCUUUACAAUCUCGACUUCUUUUACGAAAAUCUUUCCUUUUAGCUCUCAUGCAUAUGGCUCAACCGAUUAAUCAACAAUAUUCUCAAGCUCAACAUCAUCUUCCUAUAUGUUUACAAUUGUUAAAUGAUUCAAAGGGUGAUGGUAUUUGCGUUAGUAAUACAAUAGAUUUGGGAGUUGAAGUUGAAGGAGCUUUUGAUCCCUUAAUUAAUCGCAAACUCGUUUCCCAAACUCCUCCACGACCAAUCCGGCUUUUAUCUAUGCAGGAGGCUAUCGAUGAACUGAAAAACAUGCUUAAAAAUCUCAUUGAAAUAUGUAACAUCAUUGAUUAUAAAUCUGCGACUAGUUUAACGAAUUUUAUGAUAUAUUAUUCAGCAAAGCAAUCAAUACCGUGUGCAUUUUCAAGAUCAUUUUUACAAUCGACUGUUUAUUCAGAAAAUCGUAUUCUUGGAAAAUUAUCGGUAUACCAAUUGAUAAAAGAUUCCGUCACAGAAUUGACAAAUCCACCGUAUAUCUAUUUUGCAUCCAAAACAGACAUUGGAACAUCUUUCAAUGGUUCACAUAUUGAUAUAGAUACAGCGAAAAUUUCGAAAUUAAUACAUACAUUCGUCGAUAACGCAGUGAAGCCGUUGACAGAUUAUUUUCGAAUUUUAUGUCAUAAUCGUUCGAGACAACAACGAAAUAUGUGUAAAGUUCUGAGUGAUUGGGAUUUAUUACAAGAUGAAGCCGAACAUAUCGAUACUGAAUUACAGUCAAUAAUUAAGGAAGAACCAUUACCAUCUGAGGAAGGGCCAUCAUAUGCUUUUCAUCUUUCUUCAUGGGUUUAUCAUCGUAAAUUAAUAUUAUUGGAAGAUAUUUUAUUUCUCGGUUUUGAGUUGGGUUUAUUUGGAGAUCAUGAAUUUGUAAUGAUUUACUGGUAUUUAGAUUAUAUAUUGGGUGUUCAUUAUCAACACCUAGAAAGGACUCAUAUGCAUGUAACCGAUCAUCGAAAAUUUAAAAAACAACAAAAUUAUUUUCAGUUCGAGUCAUCACUUCAAUCAUCAGCUGUUUCAUUAAUAGUUAGUCAACAAGUGUUGACUAUGGCGAGACAAGAUAUCUGUCGUGGAAUUCAUAGGACUAUAAUAGCACUUCAGAAAACUGGAAAUUACACUCCACCAAAACUAGAGUUCGAUGACGAAAGCAUUCGUUUUUGGCAUAGAUUUCGAAUGUAUCGUUCUUUAGGAAGUCCAACAAUAUUGUCUUUCCAAGAUUUUAAGGAUAUAACCCGUCUAGAUAAUAUUACGGCACUCGAGCUCCUAAGUUUUUCUCUUAAGAAUUUUCAAUCCGCUAGGUCUUCGAUAGAAAAUUUGUUAGCGAUAAAGCCUUCCGAAUCUAGAAUGGAUUUUUGUCACACCGAAUUCACAAAAGACCUACAGGCAAUGUUGCGCGUAUGUAUUGCCAAUAUUAUUAGUUUACAUAAGAUUCUUGAGGAAUUCGAUCAGAAACCUAUUACAAUGGAAAAAAUUGAAAACGAAAAAACUAAGAAAUCACGAAACAAAAAAGGAAACAAAAACAAGCGAAAGCAGAAGCCCCCUCAGAAACCUCCUCAAAACCAAAAACCAAUGAUAACACCCCCAGAAAAUAAAUUGGUGAAUAGAGUAGCUAAUUUUGAAUUUAAAUAUCAUCCAUGGUUUCCUGUGAUCACUUUGAAAUAG